AUGUCCGAAGGAGGAAUAGAAGAGAUAAAAUUGGGAAGUCCAAAUACGAUUAUUGAGGAAAUGACACUCUGCGGAAGUCCCUCGUGGAUUGAUUUUAACGGAAAUACGGUCACUAGCAUGGUCGAUCAAACCAUAAACAAUGACCAUACCUCGACCGGAAACAAAAACAAAGUUCAGCAGAAUGCUAAUCGUCCGAACAAUAGUAAUAACAAAAGCAAACAACCCCAGAAUAAAAAUUAUCAGAAUCAAAAGAUUCAAAAAAACCAAAAAUCAAACUUUCGUUCGCAAUCACAGUCACAGUCACAACAAUCACCUACUAUAUCUCGGUCUGCUUCUUUUCCGCUCCCGUCACCUUCUAGCCAGUCAUCUUCUCAGAAUACUAAUUAUCAGAAAAAUCCUCCUCGAAUAUUUUCGGGUACAGUUCCUCAGAUAUAUGCACCUCCUUUUAAUGCUCCGUUUUAUCAAAAUCCAUAUGAUCUAUCGCUAGUUUCAAUGCAAUCUCCCGUAAUCUCCCCGGAUGUUCCAAUAACUCACCCUCUUCCGAACACUUACGUGAACGUGCCUCCAGAAUGGAAUCCUGUGGCUGGACCAUAUGGGAGGAUGACCCCUCGAAAUUUAUGGCCUGGGGAGGUGUUCAAUGGGCCUAUACAAUCAACUGGUACACAAGGGGAGGGAAGUUUAGCGCAAUAUGGGACAGUACCUGUGCUCCCGCAUGGGCAGCAGGGAG